AUGGCCAGCGGAGGGUGGACGCUACCCGGUGAGGAUUUCCCAUCCUCGCAGCCGCCGCCUCCUCCUUCCCAAACGAAGCAGCCACCGCCGCCUCAGCCUACUGCCGAUGCUGCAGCCGCCGCUGUGGAGCACGAUCUAGAGCAGUGGCGCGAGAAGCAGGAGAACGACAGGUACUGGGUUCUGCGCAGGCAGUUCCUCCUCCGCAACCUGCGGGGCUACUCGGACGCUGCCGCCUUCCAGAAGCUUCUGGCACUGUCUCAUGCUUGGACCAACCACGUCUUCAUGGGAUGCAGGUGAGAUGAGGAACGUUUUUCGUUUAUUAUGCACUUUCCCAUCCCAUCUCUGCACACAUGAAGUCCUCAGUCGCGCAAGUAAUAACUGUGAUAUAUAGCCAAAGACCCUUGUUAACAAAGAAGAGGCUCGGAUUGUUAAUAGGGAGGUGGGGUGGGGGUGGGGGGAAACACACACACACACAUGCAUAUCUUUCAUCCAUCCAUUCAGUGCAUUUCCUGUUGUUUGUUUAGGAACACAGGAAGCUGUCUUAUACAGGUCCGUGUAGUUCAAUAUUGUCUGUGCUGAGGGGUAGGGGCUUGCCAGGAUUUUUGACAGGGUCUGGAAACCAGACCUUAUGAUGGAUGAUUGAGCGAGUUGGGUAUAUUUAGCCUGGAGAAGAGAAGACUGAGAGGUGAUGUGAUAGCCAUCUUCAAAUAUCUGAAGGGUUGCCACAUGGAAAAUGGAGCAAGCUUGUUUUCUCCUGCUUUGGAGUUACAAGAAAGAAGAUUCCAACUGAACAUUAAGAAGAAUUUUAGGAUGGUAGGAGCUGUUUUACAGUGGAACAGACUACCACUGGAGGUGGUGGACUCUUCUGCACUGGAGGUUUUUGAACAGAGGUUGGCUGGCCCUCUGUUAGUGAUUCUUUAGAUGUGAUUCCUGCAUCACAUGGGGUUGGACUAGAUGACCCUCAGGCUCCCUUCCAACUUUGGAUUUCUAAGGCAUCUCCUGGGAGGGCUGGGGAAAAGAGUCAAAGAUUGAACCUGGGGCCUCAUGUAAACAAGGCAGAUGCUUUAUCACUGAGCUAUAUCCCUUUCUGUUCAAUAAUUUUGACAUAGAAUGCUGCCUUUUACUGAGUCAGCCAUUGUUCUUUCUAGCUCAGUAUUGUCUGCAACAGUGGCAGGGAACCUGUGUCCCUCCAAUGUUGUUGGAGGCCAAAUUCCACCAGCCCCACUCGUCUUGGCCAGUAUUAUUGUUAUUGGUCAGGUAUGACAGGAGUUGUUGGAGUCCAGUUAGGUCUGAAGGGCUACAGGUUUCCCAUCCCUGUAGUUCUCAAGGAUUUCUGACAGGGAUCUCUCCCAGCCUUACCUGGAGGUGCCAAGGAUUGAACCUGGGCCCUCCGUACAAAGCAGAUGCUCUGCUACUGACCUUAGCUCCCUUUUCCUCCUCUUCUCAUUAUUCUUUGUUCACAACUCAUUUUCCUUUCCAUUCAGUGAUUUUCAGUGUUAGUAUUUAAUAUUUAUAUCAUGCUGUAGCAAUAAAUACUAAGAAUAGGUUACAGACAGAAAACCAGUAACAAUGCAAUAAACAAGAGCACCCUGUGAUAAAACCAUCCACUUGAAGCAAGCAGUCAUUUAAAAACAUCAAGAGCAUAGUAAAGAAAAACCUUUUGGAAAAAGAGUAGCAGAACUAACCGUGAAAAGACUGCUUGAAUAAAAACACUUUUGCUUUGGGUUCAAAAGGCAGCAAAGAGGAAGCUGGGCAAAUAUUCCACAGUUUCUAUUCUUGUGAGCACCCCAUUAGCACCUGUCUGAUUGCCAUUAUAGAGCAGCGACAAAGCCUGAUAUUCUGCCAGUGAAAGGCAGAAUAUUAAAUGUUCUGUUUACCAUCUUCAUUGAACCACAAAGCGAUUCCAAGUUCCCAACACCUUUGAGACCCUACAGGUCUUCUUCAGGGGAAUUUUUGUUUAUUGGCUUGGUCUUUAUUUACAUACAUAUAUACAAGGUACAGAACAUAGCUUCACGUGUUCGAAUCCUUGGUAGCAGAUCCAGGAAGUGGGAGCUUUCAGCUCCUCCUCCAGCAGAGGAGCUUGGGAAGCCCCAAAUGCCUUCUUUGUUCCCUAGGUUUUAACCCCCUCCUGUCCUGUGCUGAAGGAACAGGCAUCAAAUCUCCCCCUGUCCCUGAACUGUUCGAGUGGUGUUGCUGCUCUCCAGCAUCCGGGAGCGUCCUCGCCACUUGAGUUCCUUCCGCUUGCUUGUCCUACUCUCCCUCUCCUGUUUUUUCUAAAGGCUCCUGUUCUUCCCCCUCCCUCAGCUCCAGGGCAUUCCCUGGCAGCCCCGUGACAAUAGGUGGCCCAUUUUCCUUUCAUAUUUAAUCUUUUAACUGAAAUUGCUUCCACUGGAGAUAGCCACCAAGGUGUUUUUCGUUCUAAUAAAUCUUUAUAUCUUACCCAAACUUCAUAUAUGGAUUUCCUUAUCGUGUGGUUCAAAAAUCCUCUGUGUACUUUGACUUUAUCAUACCAUAAAUAUGCGUGCCACCCAAAUCUAUUGCCAUAAACCUCUAGAUCUAAUAGAUCCGUAUUCUCCAACAUCAUCCACUCUCUCAGCCAGCAGAGGCAGGACACUUCAUAGUAUAAUUUCAAACCUGGCAGGGAAAAUCCCCCCCUCUUUUUUAUCAGUAAGAAGUUUAUACUUUAUCCUAGGUUUCUUCCCUUGCCAGAUAAAUCUUGAUAAAACUUUCUUUCACUCUUUGAAUUGUCCCACCCCUCUGAUCACAGGGAUCGUCUGAAAUAAAAAUAACAUUUUAGGUAUCACAUUCAUCUUCACAGCUGAAAUUCUUCCCCCAAAAUACAGUUUCAAUAUUCCCCACACUUCUAAAUCUUUUUUAAUAUCUUUCCAUACAGGUAAAAAAAUUGUCUUUAAUAAUAAUAAUAAUAAUAAUAAUAAUAAUAAUAAUAAUAAUAAUUUAUUGUUUAUACCCCGCCCAUCUGGCUGGGCUUCCCCAGCCACUUUGGGUGGCUUCCAAAAGAAUAUUAAAAUACUGUGAUACAUCAAACAUUAAAAGCUUCCCUAAACAGGGCUGCCUUCAGAUGUCUUCUAAAAGUCUGGUAGUUGUUGUUCUCUUUGACAUCUGGUGGGAGGGCGUUCCACAGGGAGGGCGCCACUACCCAAAAGGCCUUCUGCCUGGUUCCCUGUAACUCGGCUUCUCUCAGUGAGGGAACCACCAGAAGGCCCUCGGUGCUGGAUCUCAGUGUCCGGGAAGAACGAUGGGGGUGGAGACGCUCCUUCAGGUAUACUGGACCGAGGCCGUUUAGGGCUUUAAAGGUCAGCACCAACACUUUGAAUUGUGCUCGGAAACGUACUGGAAGCCAAUGUAGGUCUUUCAAGACCGGUGUUAUAUGGUCUCGGCGGCCACUCCCAGUCACCAGUCUGGCUGCUGCUUUCUGGAUUAGUUGUAGUUUCCGGGUCACCUUGAAAGGUAGCCCCACGUAGAGCGCAUUGCAGUAGUCCAAGUGGGAGAUAACCAGAGCAUGCACCACUCUGGCGAGGCAGUCCGCAGGCAGAUAGGGUCUCAGCCUGCGUACCAGAUGGAGCUGGUACACAGCUGCCCUGGACACAGAUUAAACCUUUGCCUCCAUGGACAGCUGUGAGUCCAAAAUGACUCACAGGCUGCGCACCUGGUCCUUCAGGGGCACAGUUACCCCAUUCAGGACCAGGGAAUCCUCCACACCUGCCCGCCUCCUGUCCCCCAGAAACAGUACUUCUGUCUUGUCAGGAUUCAGUCUCAAUCUGUUAGCCGCCAUCCAUCCUCCAACCGCCUCCAGACACUCACACAGGACCGUCACCGCCUUCAGUGGUUCUGAUUUGAAAGAGAGGUAGAGCUGGGUAUCAUCCACAUACUGAUGAACACCCAGCCCAAACCCCCUGAUGAUCUCUCCCAGCGGCUGCAUGUAGAUGUUGAAAAGCAUGGGGGAGAGUACAGAACCCUGAGGCACCCCACAAGUGAGAGCCCAGGGGUCUGAACACUCAUCCCCCCCCACCACUUUCUGGACACGGCCCAGGAGGAAGGAGCGGAACCACUGUAUGACAGUGCCCCCAGCUCCCAGCCCCUCAAGACGGUCCAGAAGGAUGUUAUGGUCGAUGGUAUCAAAGGCCGCUGAGAGAUCCAGCAGAACUAGGAAACAGCUCUCACCUUUGUCCCUAGCCCGCCGGAGAUCAUCAACCAGUGCGACCAAGGCAGUCUCCCGCCCGUGAUGAGGCCUGAAUCCCGACUGGAAGGGAUCCAAAUGGUCCGCUUCUUCCAGGCGUGCCUGGAGUUGUUCAGCAACCACUCGCUCAAUCACCUUGCCCAAGAAUGGAAGAUUUGAGACUGGGCGAUAGUUGGCCAUCGUGGCCGCAUCUAAAGAUGGUUUUUUAAGAAGCGGUUUAAUAACCGCCUCUUUCAGCGGGCCUGGGAAGGCUCCCUCACGGAGGGAAGCAUUCACCACCCCACGAAGCCCAUCGCCCAGCCCUUCCCAGCUAGCUUUUAUAAGCCAGGAUGGGCAAGGAUCAAGGAGACAGGUGGUUGGUUUCACUCAUCCAAGCAGCCUGUCCACAUCCUCGGAGGUAACAGAUUGGAAAUGAUGCCACGCAAUUUGACUAGACAGGACUCUAGCACUCUCCCGCCCCGGCCCUGCUCCCACGGUGGCAUCUACCUCUUCCCGAAUCUGAGCGACUUUAUCUGCAAAAAAACUUUGCAAAAUCAUUGCAGGAGAUCAUGUGGCCCGUACUGGGUCCCGAUGUAGCAGGUGGUUCCGCUAAAUUGCGGACCACCUGAAAAAGUCUCCUGCUGCUGUUUUCUGCAGAUGCAAUAGAGGCGGUGAAGAAAGUCUUCUUCGCCGUCACUACCACCACUUGGUAGGCUCGACAUUGAGCUCUAACCUGUGUCCGGUCAGCUUCAGAAUGGGUCAUCCGCCACCGGCGCUCUAGCCGUCUCAACAAUUGUUUCAUUGCCCUCAGAUCUGUGGAAAACCACGGGGCUGUCCGGGCUCCAUGCAAUCGGAGAGGGCGCUUCGGAGCCAAACAGUCGAUAGCCCUGGUUAACUCCACAUUCCAGCGGGCCACCUCCAUAUAUAAAUUUAUAUAUUUUUUAUGUUAACCAUGUUAACCAUAACCAUGGUUAUGUUAACCAUAUUCCUAAAUAUUUAACUUUUUUAACCACCAUAAUUCCUGCUUUAAAUUGCAUUUCGUCAAUUUCUUUCUCAGUCAUAUUUUUAACCAUCAUUUUUGUAUAAGCCUUAUUAAGCUUAAAUCCUGCUAGUUUCCCAAAUUCUUCAGUUUUCCCCAGUGCUUCUCUUAGACUGGACCGUGGUUCUUCUAAAGGUAAAACCAAGUCAUCAGCAAAGGCUUUUAAUUUAUAUUCCUUUACACCAAUCUUUAUACCUUUCACAGUUUGUUUCUCUUAGCAAUCUUGUCAGGACCUCUAGGACCGUUAUAAACAAUAACUGUGAUAAGGGACAUCCCUGUCUCGUCCCUUUUGAAAUUUCAAAUUUUUCAGUCAACACAUUAUUAACUAUCAAUCUUGCCUUUUGUUCUGAAUAUACAGCUUCUAUACCUUUGAGGAAUAGAUCCCCUACACCCAUCAGUUCCAAUUUUUUCCUCAUAAAAUACCAAGAUAUAUUAUCAAAAGCUUUUUCAGCAUCAAUAAACAACAAAGCUGCUUGCUUAUUGUUCCUAGUCUCCAAAUAUUCUAUUAUGGCAAUUAUAUUUCUCACAUUGUCUUUCAAUUGUCGACCAGGAAGAAAGCCAGCUUGGUCUUGAUGGAUUUGUUCCUUCAAGGUUUCCUUCAAUCUGUUUGCUAAUAUAUUGGCAAAAAGCUUAUGUUGUUGUUUAGUCGUUUAGUCGUGUCUGACUCUUCGUGACCCCAUGGACCAGAGCACGCCAGGCACUGUCUUCCACUGCCUCCCGCAGUUUGGUCAAACUCAUGCUGGUAGCUUCGAGAACACUAUCCAACCAUCUCAUCAUCUGUCAUCCCCUUCUCCUUGUGCCCUCCAUCUUUCCCAACAUCAGGGUCUUUUCCAGGGAGUCUUCUCUUCUCAUGAGGUGGCCAAAGUAUUGGAGUCUCAGCUUCAGGAUCUGUCCUUCCAGUGAGCACUCAGGGCUGAUUUCCUUAAGAAUGGAGAAGUUUGAUCUUCUUGCAGUUCAUGGGACUCUCAAGAGUCUCCUCCAGCACCAUAAUUCACCAUAACUCUCAUAGUGGAGAGUUUUGACCAAACGUGAUCCACCUGGAGCAGGAACCGGCAAGCCACUCCAGUAUCCCUGCCAAGAAAACUCCAUGGACAAAGACAAAAAGCUUAUAGUCAUUAUUUAAUAAAGAGAUAGGUCUGUACGUUCAAUAAAUCUGUAUCUUGUUUAGGAAUCAAAGUGAUAUAGGCCUCUCUCCAUGUCUUUGGGAUCAAACCAUUUGUCAAAAUAUUAUUCGUAACAUUUUUUAACUGGUAUGUCAGUUGCUCACUCAGUAUCUUAUAGUAUUUAGCUGUAAGUCCAUAAGGUCCUGGUGCCUUGCCUGACUUCAACUGUUUUAUUGCAGUUUGUAUUUCAGUUAUCGUUAUUAACGAGCUCAGUUAAUUUUGUUUUUCCAUUGGAAUCUUCUGUAAUUUGUGAUUCUCCAAGUAGCUCUCUAUUCUUCCUUUGUUCUCCUUCUCCACUUUAUAUAAUUCUCUAUAACAUUUAUGAAAGCUUUUUUAAAUUUCCUUCGGGUUCUCUAUCAUCUUGUCCUCCACUCUUAUUUUAUUUAUGGUAUUUUGACCCUGUUUCUUUUUCAAUCGCCAGGCUAAAAGUUUCCCAGAUUUAUUAGCAAAUUCAAAAUUCCUUUGCCUUAACAUUUUUAUUUUCCAUUCCACUUCCUGAUUUAUAAUCAUUGAAAACUGUGUUUGCAGCAUCUUACUAUUUUCUUUUAUUUGAAUAUUUCCUGCUGACCUAUUUCAAUUGAUUUUGUUUGAUUUGCUGAUAGCAAACAGCUGAAAGUUUGUAAAUUUUGAUAAUAAACCUGAUUUGCAAUGGGGGUUGAAUAAUUUUGAUUGCAACUGUACAACCCAUUGAACACAGCCCUUCAAGUAUUAAGUGUAAAUGUCCCUGGUUUUGCUACCAGCCAUAAACUGUGCCCCCCUCAAAAAAAAAAAAAAAAAAGAGUGCUGAAAGGGAAGAGGUUGCAUUUGCUAAGAAUAAAGCUGGUCAUAACCAUUGCUUGUCUGGCUCCAUUCACUUUGCUGGGUCAGAAGUUAUCCAGGCUUAGGAACAUAGGAAAUAGUCUUAUGCCUUGCAAAUUUGGCCAUCUAACUCAAUGUUGUCUACUUUGACUCACAAGGAUUCUGCACUGGAGGUUUUUGAACAGAGGUUGGCUGGCCCUCUGUUAGUGAUUCUUUAGAUGUGAUUCCUGCAUCACAUGGGGUUGGACUAGAUGACCCUCAGGCUCCCUUCCAACUUUGGAUUUCUAAGGCAUCUCCUGGGAGGGCUGGGGAAAAGAGUCAAAGAUUGAACCUGGGGCCUCAUGUAAACAAGGCAGAUGCUUUAUCACUGAGCUAUAUCCCUUUCUGUUCAAUAAUUUUGACAUAGAAUGCUGCCUUUUACUGAGUCAGCCAUUGUUCUUUCUAGCUCAGUAUUGUCUGCAACAGUGGCAGGGAACCUGUGUCCCUCCAAUGUUGUUGGAGGCCAAAUUCCACCAGCCCCACUCGUCUUGGCCAGUAUUAUUGUUAUUGGUCAGGUAUGACAGGAGUUGUUGGAGUCCAGUUAGGUCUGAAGGGCUACAGGUUUCCCAUCCCUGUAGUUCUCAAGGAUUUCUGACAGGGAUCUCUCCCAGCCUUACCUGGAGGUGCCAAGGAUUGAACCUGGUCUGCUCUGCUCUGCUACUGACCCUUUUCCUCCUCUUCUCAUUAUUCUUUGUUCACAACUCAUUUUCCUUUCCAUUCAGUGAUUUUCAGUGUUAGUAUUUAAUAUUUAUAUCAUGCUGUAGCAAUAAAUACUAAGAAUAGGUUACAGACAGAAAACCAGUAACAGUGCAAUAAACAAGAGCACCCUGUGAUAAAACCAUCCACUUGAAGCAAGCAGUCAUUUAAAAACAUCAAGAGCAUAGUAAAGAAAAACCUUUUGGAAAAAGAGUAGCAGAACUAACCGUGAAAAGACUGCUUGAAUAAAAACACUUUUGCUUUGGGUUCAAAAGGCAGCAAAGAGGAAGCUGGGCAAAUAUUCCACAGUUUCUAUUCUUGUGAGCACCCCAUUAGCACCUGUCUGAUUGCCAUUAUAGAGCAGCGACAAAGCCUGAUAUUCUGCCAGUGAAAGGCAGAAUAUUAAAUGUUCUGUUUACCAUCUUCAUUGAACCACAAAGCGAUUCCAAGUUCCCAACACCUUUGAGACCCUACAGGUCUUCUUCAGGGGAAUAUUUGCUUAUUGGCUUGGUAUCACCGUCAUUGGUCAAAACCAAUCCUUGGAUCAUCUUCUACUUCACAAGUAAUAUUUUCCCGACUAUGUUAAGGUAUUGAAUAUUUGUGUGGUUCAAUAAAUCUUGUGGACCUCUUUAAUAGUCUGCCAUGUCCACUGUUGUGGCAUGGAUGGGCCUUUGGUUUGCACCUGCAGGCAGCCCACGUUUCCUUAACUUUGCAUCAUUUGGGGCCCAAUUUCUUCUCUCCAGAAUAAUUCAUCCUCCAUUAUUCACUCCCCAUCCCACAAACAAGGAAGCUAGAAGCCAGUGCUUCCAGGUCAGAGGGCAGGAUGAGCAGGUUGUCUUAGAAUCAUAGAAUUGUAGGGUUAGAAGGGACCACAAGGGCCAUCUAGUCCAACCCCCUGCAAUGCAGGAGUCCUUUUGCCCAAAUGGGCUCAUGAUCUACUGACUGAGCUAUUUAGAAUGGAGCCCCUGGUUUUUAUCAGCUACUGGGGCCACAUCUGCAGCAAACAUUUAAAUCAUUGUUAUACCACUUUAAAAAGUCAUUGCUUCAAUCCUGUUUAACUCACAGAGCUACAAUUCCCAGAGUUCCCUGUGAUUAUUUAACCACUUUGAGAAUAGCAGCUCUGUGAGGGAAAUAGGGGUAUCAUAGUGCUUUAAAUGUAUAUUCUGGAUUUGGACAUAGUCAGCAUAGCAUACAGUUGCAAUCAAAAUUAUUCAACCCUCAUUGCAAAUCAGGUUUAUUGUCAAAAUUACAGACUUUCAGCUGUUUGCAAUAAGCAAAUCAAACAAAAGCGAUUGAAAUAGCUCAACACAACGGAUGCUUCAAGUGGUUUUCCCAAAUUCAGCUGAAACUGCAACUUAUACGGGCUUCCCCAGUCUCACUAUUAUUCAACCCCUUCAUGACAAGAAUCUUUAGUACUUAGUAGAGCAGCCUUUUGCUGCUAUGAUGUGCUGCAAAUGAGAUGCAUAGCCAGACAGCAGCUUCCAGCAGCGUUCCUGAGGAAUCUCAGCCCAUUCCUCAUGGCCUCCAGUUCAGUAAUAUUCUUGGGUUUGUGUGCUGCAACCGCCUUCUUCAGAUCCCACUAGAGAUUUUCUAUGGGGUUCAAGUUAGGUGACUGUGAUGGCCGCUAUAGAACCUUCCAGGACUACUUCUGCAACCAAGCCUUGGUGGAAUUUGAGGUAUGCUUUGGAUCACUGUCUUGUUGGAAAAUCCAAAGAUGCCCAAGCUUCAGCUUACUCACAGAUGGCAUGACAUUUCUGUGGGAAUGUUGUAGACAGUAGGAGAGGAUAUGUUGAUUAAUUAUUAUCCUUCCUCACUCAUGCUAGUGAGUGAUAUAGAUAUAGAUAUAGAUCUCAGAGCUCAUUCCCCUUCACACAGCAGAAAGCUAGUUUGCAGAUUCAUUUGAAUCUCUUUAGUUAAGCAAUCCAAUCUGGCAUGCCCAGACUGGAGUAUAUUCCUGGUAAGAUCCCUUAAAGACUUGUGUCUUUUAUUUCUUUUUUCCUUAUGAAGUUUACUCACAUUCAGUUCACAGUAUGAUCCCUGAAGGCAGCCUUUAGCUUGUAGUUACAGAUACAGUGUGGCUUACAUCCUUGUAAGGAUGGGCCGAUGUGCUGCUGGCACAGAGCCAGCAGACAGCAUCAGGAGCAGUGGCCAAAAUGGAAGAGAGUGGCAAAAGAGAGGAGGGAUGGCGGCUGGAAUAACCCCCCCUGUCUGUGUCCACUCUAGGGAAACAAGGAAUGUUGUAUUAUUAUUAUUAUUAAAUCAUUUUUAUUGAUUUUCCAAUAAAAACAGCCAAUCCAUAUCAUAAGCCAAUUAAAAACAAUAAACUAACAUAAAAAACGACCAAAUUACCAUCCGAAUUAUUAAUAAUUUUUUUUGGGGGGGGGCUCCCCAUAGUCUGGACCUUUGAAGUGUAUCUCCAAUAUCUUCGAUCCUGCCUCUUGUUGUUGUUUUCAUGUUUUCCACAUCCCGAUCUUAACGCUUUAAAGUUCUCCGUCCCUGGCUCUGCGAUUCUCAGUCAUGUCAGAAAUCAUACAGUGGUGCCCCGCAAGACGAAUGCCUCGCAAAACGAAAAACCCGUUAGACGAAAGGGUUUUCCGUUUUUGCGUCGCUUCGUAAGAUGAUUUCCCCUAUGGGCUUGCUUCGCAAGACGAAGGGCUUGAUCCGCGCCGCGCGCAAACUGCUUUCACCGCCAAUCUAUCUAUGCGGCAGCGGGGAAUCUAAUAGUAAUAGCAAUCGAUACAUUAUUAGCGUCCGGAAACACAGCCGGUGGUGAUGCUGCCCCGCGCCUCUUCGAAAAGUUCCUAGGCUUCAGCCUUAGAACUGGGAGGGGACCUGGCGGCGACACCCAGCUCGGGGUGGGAUUUCCCCGUCUGCGCUCUUAGCGCGCGCGGCGACCGCUAGUUCCCGAGGACGGCAGACUGGGCGGGGGGGCAUGAAAAGUUUUGCCUGCCCAUCUCCGAGGAAGCAGGGGGAGAUGAUCCCUGUCAAGGGAAGAAGGGGGCACCCAUUUACCAGCAGCCGGUGCCCCCGAACCGAGGCUGGCGCCAUCGCCUGUCAAAGUGACCACAAAGGCGAGCUCCGGUCGCACGGCCGAGGGAAGCCCCGCUGUGGGUCGUCCAAAGUCAGCCCGAGCAUGCCACUCACCUAAAAGGCAUGGAGAGACGGAGGGAGCGCGCGAGGAUCCUGGUGCAGAGGAGGCUCCUGCAGCAAAAUAAAGGCAGCCGGCAGCCGGAGGGCUCCAGAACACGGAGCUGCGGCGGGGCCGUCGAUGGCAUUGCCGGAGACUCCUCCCUCUGGGCCUCGCUCUCUCCGCUUUCGCUGCUGCUUGCCCUGCCUGCGAUCGGCCGGGCUCAUCGCUCCGCUCUGCAGAGCGCUGCACAAAGGCGCGGCGGGACAGGUGUCCGGGGACGCUUUGGCUGAGCGCGCCCCGGGAUCGGAGGUGCGGGGUGCUUGCUGCAGAUCUUAUCUUCCGGGGUCGCUGGGAUGGCUCGCUCCGCUCUGCAGAGCGCUGCGCAAAGGCGCGGCAGGACAGGUGUCCGGGGACGCUUUGGCUGAGCGCGCCCCGGGAUCGGAGGUGCGGGGUGCUUGCUGCAGAUCUUAUCUUCCAGGGUCGCUGGGAUGGCGGCGGUCGGGGCUUGUGUUAUGUAAGCGCGUCAGGAGGGACUGCUUAAGAGGCCGGACGAGGCUUAUGCAAUGGCCAGAUGCUCCCUAGGGGUCGAGGCUUGCAGUUGCGGGAACGAGUUUAUACCUGUAGCCGCUAAGCCGCUAAUAGCUGUGCUUCGCAAGAUGAAAAAAACCGCAAGACGAAGAGACUCGCGGAACGGAUUAAUUUCAUCUUGCGAGGCACCACUGUAUAUCCUUUCGUCCAUCGAAUACAGCUUUAUUUUUGUAUAUAUAUAUUUUCAACUGUGUACAGUGGUGCCCCGCAAGACGAAUGCCUCGCAAGACGGAAAAACCGCUAGACGAAAGGGUUUUCCGUUUUGAAGUUGCUUCGCAGGACGAAUUCCCCUAUGGGCUUGCUUCGCAAGACGAAAAUACCUUGCGAGUCUUGAGGUUUUUUUUUUCGCUUUCCCCCCCCUUUAUCUAAUCUGCUAAGCCUUUAAUAGCCUUUAAUAGCCUUUUAGCAGCUAAUCCCCUAAGCCUUUAAGCCUUUAAUAGCCGCUAAACCGCUAAUAGCGCUAAUAGCGCUAAUCCGUCAAUGGGCUUGCUUCGCAAGACGAAAAAACCGCUAGACGAAGACUCUCGCGGAACGGAUUAAUUUCGUCUUGCGAGGCACCACUGUAUUUGCCAGCGCAGCUUUCCCUGACUCCAUUCCAAUCUUCCAAUCCGGGCUGUUGUUCAAGUCUAUUGUCUGAAGUUUAAUGACGCAGCAACUCCCAAAUUGUUAAAUCAUUCCAAUCCGGGCUGUUGUCCAAACUUUUCGUUUGAGAUUUAAUAACAUAGUAGCUUCCACGUUGUUAAGUUGUUACUGUAAAUUGUUGAGCAUACUGUUUGCAAUAUUGCAAUGUAAAUGAACUGUAUUCCACAGAUAUAAGUCAUUUGGCGAUCGAUCAGCCUCUUGGAGACCACACAAUCCCACCCUUCGGGCCCUACAAGGGGGGCUGCUAGACAUCCAUUCAGCCUUCUCUCUUGCUCAUAAUGAAAAACUUCUGCAAACAGCUGCACUAUAUGUUGUCCAAAAUUGUUAUCUCAAGUCAUUACAAAGUCAGCUAGCAAAUAUGUCCUGCUUCCCUCGAAAAAGGGAGGAAUUCUCAUUUUUCCGUGCUGCGUCAUAUUAACAAGUGCCAUCUUAUUUCUUCUUUUAUCUUUAUCGAGUCUUUCAAGUCUGAGUAAAGCUGCACAGUUGAAUACUUAAUUAUAAAUAGAAGUCCAUCUGUACUCUUUUUUUUAAAAAAAAAGUUUCUUGAUGAGGCUUGGCAUAGAAAACCAAUUGUAGAUAUUAAGAAGGAAAAAAGGACAUACCAAACACCUCCGUAAUCCAAACGCCAUGAUGAGAAUCUCUUUGAAAUCCAAGCUUAAACACCAGGGACUGUACAGUUCUGCAGGUUUUUUCUUAGUCUUCUUCAGUCCAGACUAUGUCUGUUUAUUCUUCAAAUCCAAUCAUUUUAUCAAGCAAAUAUUUCCGGCUAUGAGAAUGGCAUCGGAGAGUGCCAGCCGUGUCGUGCUCUGGGACCCAGUGUCCUGCCGCUUGCACCUUGAUGCAAGCUGACAAUCUCAGACAAUCUGCGGGUCUACGAGACAGUCCUCCCCCACCCUGGGGAGUCUGCCAGGGCUAAUUACCCCCAUAUCAGCCCUGAGAGCCAGUGUGGUGUAGUGGUUAAGAGCGGUAGUCUCGUAAUCUGGGGAACUGGGUUCGAGUCUCCGCUCCUCCACAUGCAACUGCUGGGUGACCUUGGGCCAGUCACACUUCUUUGAAGUCUCUCAGCCCCACUCACCUCACAGAGUGUUUGUUGUGGGGGAGGAAGGGAAAGGAGAAUGUUAGCCGCUUUGAGACUCCUUAAAGGGAGUGAAAGGCGGGAUAUCAAAUCCAAACUCUUCUUCUUCUUCUGAAUUACCGGCACGGCUGGGAUCCAAUCAUAUGGGAGUCAGCCAUUUCUCACCGCUGGAAACAGGAAUCCUAAAACUUUUGUGGCUUAUGUAUAUGAUUUUGAGCAUAUUGGAGCCAACUUUUCUUGUGUUUUGGGGUCAGUAGUGGUGUACGUCUUGGAGUUCUGGCAUGGAAACCACCUGCAUUUACUACGUGCUUUACUUUGCUCACUGAAACCUCAGUGCCUGCUGCCACCAAGUCUUGAUGCAGCUCUUUUGCAGUCACUCAAGGGUUUUUCCCAGCCUGCCUUCUCAGAAAUCUGGUUGCUGCCGCAUCCAAGUAGUGUGACCACUGUUCCUUUAACUUUGAACUUGCAAACUAUGCUUCCAAUAGUGUCUCUAGGAACAUUCAGUGUCUUCACUAUCUUUUUGUAUCCUGCUCCUUGUUUGUGAAGGCCAACGAUCUCUUACCUUCUUGGACCAUUCUCUUGACUUAGCCAUAUUUCUAACAUACAGCCAAAUUUGACACUCCGUGACCCCCUAGUCAGCUCAGGUAUUUCAUGUGUUAAAGCUGGUGUAUCAGGUGUGCUUGAGACAACACCUGUUGUAUUUGUGCUGUUGUGAGGGAUUCUAUUCAGGGGGUUGAAUAAUAGUGAGACUGGAAAAGCCUGUAUAAGUUGCAAUUUCAGCUGAAUUUGGGGAAACCAUUUGAAGCAUCCGUUGUGGUUAGUUAUUUCAUAUUUUUAAAAAAUAAUAAUAAUUUUAUUAAAGUUUUCAGAUUUUACAUUACCACAUUAACAUCUUUCACUAUACCCAUACAUUCAGCAACUUUCCUCCUUCCCCUUCCAAGGUUCUUUUAAUUUACCCAUAAUUCCUGCAUAUUCUUGUAUAUUCAUCUAUUUCAGUUUUCCCCAUUUUACAUCCCUUUUAAAUAUGUUAUACGGUUGAAUUUACCUUAGUACUGCCUGCUUUUGCAACUGUGUACAAUUAUUUCCCACAUACUCAACAAAAAUUUUCCUCUCCUCUUUAAAUGCCUGUUCUUCUCUUAUUCUACUUGUAAGACCUGCUACCUCUGCAUAUUCUAUCAUCUUAAGUUGCCAAUUCUCCUAACUAGGGACCAUCCCUUUUGGUGCUAACAAUUCCAAGUUGCUGUUGUCGCAUACAUAUUUUUUACUGACACCUGGGUACCUCUUUCAGAACCAUUCCUAACAGGAAUGCCUCUGGCUUUUUUGGGAAUGUUGUUUUAAAACAUUUUUUUCCAUUUCAUCAUAUCAUUUCCUAAUAUUCUUUAACUUUUUUGCAUGCCCACCACAUAUGAAAAAAGUUCAUUCUGUUUUCUUACAUUUCCAACACAAAUCAGAUUCAGAUUUAUACAUCUUAACUACGUAAUCUACUCUGUGUUAAAUAUUAUCUAUGAAUCAUUUUCAUAUAAUUUCCCUUCAAAGUGUACCUUGUGGCAUAUUUCAAAUCUUUCUUCCACAAUUUCUCCCAGAGGUCAAAUUCUAUAUUAUGCCCUAUAUCAGUUGCCCAGUGAGUCAUUGAAGCUUUUACCAGCUCAUCUUUUGUUUCCCACUCCAAUAGUAGCUUAUACAUUUAGACAAUAGUUUUUCAUUAUUUUCUAAUAAAUCUCUUGUGAGCUUUGGUUCAGAAAUCCAUUUUUCUUACCUAGUUUAAACAUAUCAUACAAUUGAUGGUACUGUAAAUAGUCUGUUACUUGGCUCCUUAUUCCUUCCUUUGGUUUCAAUCUGGAUUCCCUCCCUGAGAGGUCCAGUAAGUCUGUAUAGGUUGUCCGCUGUCUGUCCAUGUUGAUUCUCUUGAUUGCAAUAGCUUCCAUUGGCGAUAACCAUAGGGGUGUUUUCCUUUCCAGCAGGUUCUUAUAUUUCUGUUGAUAUUUUCACUCAGUUUUAUAGCAAGGUGCACAAGACCAGAUAUUGCUGUAAGUGUAAAUCUGCUCAGCAGACAUGCAAACCAACCCACAGUUUAAGACUGGAAGGCGCUGAAACACAUAGCGAGAUACUUAAAAGGCAUUGUGCAUUACAGGUUGAAGCUUACUAGCCAAAAAUCUGGAGGUCUUGAAAUUUAUGCCUACGCCAGUUUUGGCAGUGAUGCAAUUGAUGGCAAAAGCACUUCAGGUGUGCGCUACUUGUAUAAUCAAUGCCUUUUUGAUUGAUCUUGUAGGAAGCAGGUGACAGUAGGCAUGAGUUCUUGGGAAGCAGAACUUAAUGCUUUAACUCUUUCCCUCAUGGACAUAGAGUGGUUAUUACAACUGUAUGAGGAUGUAAAAGUGAAAGUUACUUGUCCUAUUCAGGUCUAUCAGGACAAUAAAGCUUGUAUAGCUUUGCUCCACUCUGAAGGAUGCAAACAGAGAACAAAGUAUCUACAAAUUAAGCUUCAAUGAGCUAGAGAAUGCAUCCAGAAAGGAAUUGUGAAAGUGUCCUAUAUGCCAGGGAAAGAAAUACCUGCCGAUGCACUAACCAAAGUUGUUAACAGGGAACAACUCACUGUAUAUGUACAUAAAUUGCAAAUGUGUUAGAUUCUGCAAUGGUUGGUAUAAAAAGGGGGAGAUUGUUUAUAUUUUCACCCCCACCCAUUGCAAGAAUAUCCUGAUCUGAUGUUUUGAGAAAGGAGGGGGCGGAAACUGCUCUUCUCGUCUUCCGCUCCUGCCUGACUGCCUGACUCUGUGUGUGGAGAGAGUCUUAUCUAUGUAGUGACCAGAUGGCUGAGUGGGAGAUGUAACACUCAUGCAAGCCAGUAGUUCUUUAGUUUGCAGUAGCUGUUAGAAAUAAAAGGAGCUAUGCUUCACAGCUAGCUUCUGCAUUAUUUAUACUCUGCUGAGUCUGGUGCUCACAAUGCACAGUUGUGGGUCCAGUGCACUGGGACCUGUUUUCCAGGAUUGGAAGGUCUCUGAAAGUGCUCCAGUCGCCUAGCCCAGUUGGGACAGAACCAGUUAUUGAGCCCAGUCACUGACAUCGAUUGAAAGGCGUACUGACAAUUUCUUCCAGACUCUAUACAAAUUCUUCCUGAUAACAUGAUUAAAAAAACUCAUAUAUUUUAGGUUUCCCGUACUAAAGACAUGCAUGCCAGCCAAAUUUAAAAUCAUGACCUUCCAGAUCUAAGAUGUGAGUGUUUUGCAAUAAAAUGUGUUGAUCUAUUUCAAUUGCUUUCCCACCCCCCUUUGCUUUGCAGAAAUUCUUUUUCUUUUCUUUUUUUAAUAUAUAUUUUAUUGAUUUUCCAUUUUUAACAUUCACAUAACAUCUUAUUCCCUUUUACAUAACUUUUGGCUCUGCAGAGCCACUUGACUUCCCUCCAUCUCGUCAUCUGGUUUUCACAUGCUUACAUCGUAUUUCUGCACAUUUAUAUCGUCACAAUUCUACAUUUAUUCCAAUAUAUUUUUAAACUUUAAUCAAAUGUAAAAAAAAAAAUCUUCUAAUAAACAUUGCAAGAUUUAUUGCAGUCCUGCUAGUGUUUUUAUGUAUUGAAUGAAUUUACUUCAUUCUCUCUGGAACGUUUAAUCGCUCUGGUUUCGGAUUUUCCCCUUCAGCUUUGCUAAUUCUGCAUAGUCCAUCAUCUUUGUCUGCCAUUCCUCUACCGCUGGUAGUUCUUGCUGUUUCCACUUUUGGGCUAAUAAAGUUCUGGCUGCCGUAAUGUCAUACAUAAAUAGCCUCUGGUCUAUUUUUGGUAUUUCCCCUCCUAUUAUACCCAACAAGAACGCUUCUGGUUUUUUUUUUUGGAAAAGUAUACUAAAACAUUUUUUAAAACUCAUUAUAGAUGUUUCCCCAAAAUAAUUUGACUUUAUUGCAUGUUUACCACAUAUGAUAAAAAUCUCCGUCUUUAACAUUACAUUCCCAGCAAUUCUUAUUUCUCAUUCUAUACAUUUUAGCUAAUUUAGUCGGGGUUAGAUACCAUCUAUACAUCAUUUUCAUUAUAUUUUCUUUCAAUGCCGUACAUGCAAUAAAGUUAUUUCCUUCAUUCCAUAACUUUGACCAGGAUUCAAAUUGUAUAUUAUACCCAAAAUCUUUUGCCCAUUUUAUCAUUACCUCUUUUACCUCUUCGUCUUUUGUGUGCCAUUCUAGUAAUAAAGUGUACAUUUUUGAUAAUAUUUUACUUUUACCUCCCAACAAUUCGGUUUCUAGCUUUGAUCUUGUAAUAUCAAAGCCAUUUUUCCUUUUUUUCUUUGUUGAAUACCCCUGUGUGUCAUCUACCGUAUUUUUCUCUCUAUAAGACGCACCAGGCCAUAAGACGCACCUAGUUUUUGGAGGAGAAAAACAAGAAAAAAAAUAUUCUGAAUCCCAGAAGCCAGAACAGCAAGAGGAAUCGCUGCGCAAUUUAUUAUAAAAAUAAUAAAUUGUUGUUGUUGUUGCUGUUGUUAUUCUGUGACAUAUAUGAAAACAGAUGAAUAAAGGAAUAAGUAGAGAUAACUGGGAUAUGCAAGGAAAUAUGUAAAUAAAUUUAAGGAACCAUAUAAAGAGAGGGAGGGAAGUCGAGGUUUGAAAUGUGAUAAUUAUAGUUGAAAUGUUUAUUUGUUAUAAAUGAAAAUUAUAAAUAUUUCUUUAAAAAACAAACAAAAAACCCUGCAGAGUCAAAGGAAAGGAGGACUUUUUCUGUCUCCACACUUCCAGCUACUCUCUGAAGACUGGAGAAGAGACCCUCUUUAGAAUAUUAGGGCAGUGCGCAGGGGAAGGACUAGACCAGUGUUCCCCAACCUUGGGCCUCCAGCUGUUUUUGGACUACAACUCCCAUCAUCCCGCGCUAGCAAGACCAGUGGUCAAGGAUGAUGGGAAUUGUAGUCCAAAAACAGCUGGAGGCCCAAGGUUGGGGAACACUGGACUAGACCAUAUGAAAAAUGAGCAUGAUAUUUUAGUUCAUUCAUUUUCAGCUUUGUAUUCUUGUUAUAAAAAAGCAUGCCUAGACAUUCCGUUGUGCCCAUAACCUAGGUUUUAGGUGCCAUUUAGCUCCUAGCUUUCAUAACUCAGUUUCUAACUCUGAUCUUGACUACCAAGAUGGCGUUAGCAAAGCUUCUGAAACAGUUCAACUUUGGUUCAACACACUCUACCACCAACACAGCUUAGGACCAGGACACCUGAAAGAUUGUCUCACCCCCAUCAAUUACGGUGGUUUGAAGGUGAGGGCCUCCUGCAGAUACCAUCUUAAAGAGCUGGUCUGUUUCACACAAUACAAGAAUUAGGACUUUUGAACUUUUAAAUCUUAGACAGAUGCUCUCUCUGUUAUCUUUUUGGUACCUACAGAAGACCUAUCACUUCCAGCAAGCCUUUUAAAUUGAGAUCUUUCACAGCUUGCAUCUGUAUUGGGAUUGUUUUUAAGAUUUUUGUUUUUAUUGUUUUGUUUCUUCUUGUUUGCCGUCCUGAGCUCUUUUGGGAGGAAGGGUGCGAUAUAAAUUCAAUAAAACAAACAAACAAAUGCUGCCACAUCCCCACCUGCUGUCCAGGUGUUACACUAGCAUAUGAACGAUAUUAAGAAAAUUGGAUGACACGAGGUAAAAAAGUUGAAUCACUUGAUGUGGAAUGACCCCAAAAAGAAGCAUUCUGGGGGUGUGGUGGGGGCAGGAUGGUUCAGGAGACUUGCCCCUAUUCCAAAUCCCAUUCAGCUCAGUUAUGUGACCUCACAACCCAGUGGUACUUACACUAGCAAAAAGGGUAGUGUUGAAUCAAACUUCCCUGGGGAUCCUGGAGGGCAGUCACUUAGACUUGGAUUGUCCCUCCCACUGGCUGGUCAAGGAAGGUCCAAAUCACAGAUCCUCCCUAGGAAAGGGGCCACCCCACUCUCUCCAGACUGACCCUGCCUCGUGACAGGGAGAUUUGGGUCCUAGGGAACUCUGAGCAAGCUUUCCCCUUCAAUCAAAUUAUUUUAAAGGGUCAUUUGCCCGCUGCCAGACUUGAGUGAGCUCAGCUGGCAGUAGCCCUGCUUCUGUAUGGAGUUUGGAUUUACACCAAAAUUUGCACCAGCAUAAUUUACUCUGGUUGGCUUCCUGUAGUUUGGAUUGUUCUGUAAAGCAUUAAUGACAGUGCAGACACAUGUUUCUUCGGCACACAUGUGCGCCAAAGGCAGGACCUAUGCCAGCAUAUCUGGAUAUCCUGGAUGUUGUUUGCAUUUUAACUGGAAGCAGGUGCCAGUUUUAUAUCAUAGUGUAAGGUUCCCCUUCUUAGUGUAAUGGCUCCCCUUCUUUUGCCAAGGGCAGACUUUCCCAGCCAGUCAACCUUCAGAUGUUGCUGGACUACAAUUCCCAGGAGUCCCAGCCAGCUGUAGUCCAACAGCAUCUGGAGGGCACCACAUUGACUAUCCCAAGUAUGGACAGUACUGAGCUAGGUGGACCUGUGGGCUGACUCUGAAUAAGGCAGUUUCCUGUGUUUUUGGAUUUCACAUUAUAUUUCAUUCCAACUGGGAAAAGGUGUGGGAAGGUGUUGUACCCACACAACUCUUGGUAUGACAGGGCACCCACUUAAGUAGCCAGAGGUCGGAGUAGAGCAGUAAGGAGAGUUUUGUAAUGAUGAUUUAUUACUCGAACCUUCCUUCACUUAAAUGCAGGUAUGGCCCCAAAGUUAUGGAGAAAAUUCUCCAUAUGGCCGAAGGGAUUGACAUUGGCAAGAUGCCAUCAUUUGAAUUAGUGCCUGAUGCCAAGGCUACCAAAAGGCCAUAUUCCCUGCUGGACAACUCUCCAUCUUGCAGUGAGUACUUCCAUUUCCCCUCAUUUGCAGCAGAGUUGGUUCUUUAAUGAUGAUUAUUGUAUGUCACAGUAAUAGGCAAUGUCAUGUAUGAAAAUAUAAAGGGUUGUAUCUAAUGUUCUGCAUCCUCUUGUGCUAGCAGACAGGUGAGUUUUAAUGCUAUGCAACAUAGGAAUCCAAUGCAACAGUUGCACUAGCACAGUGAUCUUCAACCAGUCCAGACCCAAGACCCACCUCUGACUCCCAACCAGGAACCUGGGACCCACUCUUAGAUUUUCACUUUGAUUUAUACUUAAUCAUGCUAGCAUCUCACCACGCAACGCACACUGAGGUGUAGGCAUACUAUUCUUUUUAAUACACAUUGGUCAAACUUUUGAACCUUAUAUCCUCUCUCUGAUUUCUGGCUUUUCUCUCUUCAGUGAAGCCUGUGGUUGAUACUGACCAAGACAGCAAGGCUUCAUCACCAAUUAUGUUUGUACUUUGUUACCAAAAAAGACUUUGCCACUUUCUUGUUUUCCAUAAUUUUUACCACAUCCUUCCUUUCUCUGUCACCUGCUGGUGCCUUUUUCUAUGUCUACCUUCUUGCACUUUUUGUCCUCCAUCACCUGUCUUGCAGUUGUUGUAGUAGUAGUUGUUGUUAAUUAAAUUUCUAUACUGCCCUUCAUCAGAGAUUCACAGGGUGGUUUGCAAUAUGCAGUAGUUGUAGUUCCAAAACAAAAAGGGCUAUUUUUUUAUUUUCGUUUACAAAGUCUUGCCACGUUACAAAUCUUUUAAAAAAGAAACUAAAUAAAACUGAUUUUCAUUCCAAAUCAACACAGAAAUGUUAAAGUUGCAGUCCUGUGUGUGCUUACGUGAGUGUAAGUCCCAUUAAAAUAAAUGGACCUUCUGAGUAGUCAUCCAUAGGAUCUGAGUAUUCAUUUAAUUGAGAUUAACUAAGGGUCUCCAUCGCUGGGAAGCUAAGUCUACUCUCCCUUUCCUAGUUGUUUUCCUUUUUAUGCCCUCUCAUUGUGUUAACUUACUUGAAAUCAAAUGUACAGGAGGGGACUUCCGCUUUUACCACAGCUGCAACAGUGUGAGUUCUGACUGCAGUAAGCAGGUCGGAGCAUACACCGGUACUGUGAGGGGCAACGUUUGGCUAAACGACCCCUGAAAAGGCUUGGAAGGAAGCUCAAGUCAAAGGAACUUCGGCAGUGUCUCUUUGGAGUCCCGGCACCCCUUGCUGAAGAAAAAACGGCUGAGGUGGGGGGGGGGGGGAAUCCAGGCACAGAGAAGAACGUCAAACAGACCAGUGAAAAGCCUCACAUCACUGAAGCAGCGACAAGAUGGUAAAAUCUCUAUUUCUAUAUUAAAAUAAACGUAAAGUGGUAGCAGCAGUAACAAAACCUAAAAGGAAAUAAGACAAGGGGGGGAAAGGGAACUCAGGGGGGGAAAUCCCUCACAGAGUGAGUAAACCCAAAACAACCCAAAACAAGAUAAAGAGUAAAAAUAGCGGAGGAGAAGUAAUGCUACCACAAAAGUAAAGGGAAGACAGAAGAACGGAAAAAAAUAUGGAGAAAGUGUAAAGAAAUCACUCAGAUUGCAAUUAAACUAUUUGAAAAGCACACUAUCUGAAACGGACUUACUACAAAGUGCAAAGCGGUGCAGGCUGCCUGUUGUUGGAGCUGGGUGGAGUAGAGCAGCUGCUUUGAAACUGAAUGUCCUUGAAGGAAAGAUAAGGACAAAGGAAUAAGGAACGCUGUGGGGGAAAGGAGGGGAAUUUCACAGAUAAGAUAAGAUGGCGUCGAAGGUCUGAAGACGCUGAGUAAUCAUCAAGAAGGAGGAAGAAGGAGGAAGUGAUGAAGACAAAAUAGUGAAAGAGAGGAUUAAAGGAGGGCAGAAGCUGGCAAGUUGAGUAAAUAAGAACACAGUGACACCCAGUGGACAAAGUAGGAAAAGCAGUAAUAAAGGAAAAUUGGAGCAAUAGAAGGACAUCUGGUGGUUGAAAAUGAGAACGCAAAAUGUCUCAUGCAAUUAAAAAACAGACUGGAACUGGAAGUCAACAGCAACAAUUAAGAAGAAACUCAGGCCUUGAAGAAAUGGAUGUGAGGGAGCUUAUUAUUAGUUUGAAAUUGGAUGUGGGAGGAUUGAGAAAAGAGCUGGAAGAAAAAAUCAAUACAAUUGAUGGGAAAUUAGAAAAAUUAGAAAACACAGUGGAAAAAAAUGAAAAAGAAAAUGAAGAAAUAAAGGAAAAAUUAACAGAAGUCUUAGAAGGAAUGAAGGAGACAGAUAAGAAAGUACAAGAAAUUAAGAAUAAGAAUCAACAAAUGGAUGAGAUGGUGAAGAAAAUUAGCAAAGAACAAAGGGAACAAAGAAGAGAAAUGGACAAAUUGAAAAAGGAGAUGGAGGAACAAAAAGCAGUCCAGGAAGCUACUGAUGAUGCGCUAGCAAUGAUACAGAUGCAGAUUAAAGAGAAGACCUUGAGAUUCAGAAAUGUUCCAGAAGAGGAGAAGGAGGAUAUUUGGAAGAAGAUGACUGAAACUUUAGCAAAGUGGCUACAUCUACAGGAAAAAUACAUAAUAGAACAGACAGAGAAAAUCUUCAGAGUGAACUCAAGAAAAGCAAAAAUGAACAAAUGGCCGGCAGACUGCAUCAUUGUAUUCACAUCGAAUUGGAUGAAAGAUAAGAUCCUCCAAGUAAAGAGUAAGAACAAAUUAACCAUAGAUGGACAGGAAAUAAUAAUUUUACGAGAAGUCCCACCUAGGCUGUUAAAAAAGAGACAGCAAUUCCAAUUUCUAACAAAAGCACUAAGGGCCAAAUCAAUAUCCUUCAGAUGGGAAUACCCAGUGGGGAUUUCCUUCAACUUCAAAGGAAAAAGACGAUUUGAGACAUUUGAGGAAGCAGAUAUGUUUUGGAGGAAGUAUCGAGGAGAAUUAGGAGGCGGGAAAAGCGAAGUAAGAAAUGAGGAAGGAAGAAAGGGAGAGCUAUCGAAUGAGGCGGAAGAAGAAGAAAGAGCUCAGCAAAGGGUGGAAGGAUAAAGAACUACGCCAGUGGUAAAGAAUCAGACCAAUAACUAUUACAAAACCCUUCUCCUUUACCACUGCAGAUAAUUUAAACUCUUUCCACUAACUUUAUAAUUUUUUAACUAAUAUAAAAUGAAAUUUAAAUUGUUAUCUUGGAACAUAAAUGGUUUAAAUAAUAGGAGGAAGAGGCAGAAAAUAGAACGUGUCUUAGAGAGGCAGAAGUGGGACCUUGUUUGUUUACAAGAAACCCACAUCAGUACUAAGCAUAAAAGACUAUUGGUUAAACCAAAGUUAGGGGAAGAAUUCAUCGCAUCUGAUGUAAGAAAAAAGAGGGGGGGUUGGAAUGUAUGUUAAAAGCAAAUAUGAACCAGAAUUGCUAUAUGAAGUUAAAGAGGGGAGGAUUGUAAUAGUCAAAAUAUCACUAGAGGGGGAACCAAUUGUGGUAGCGGGAAUCUAUGGAUCAAAUAAAAGAAAAUCAGAAUUCUAUGUUAAAGUAAGAUCAUUAUUAAUGGAAUAUAUAGAUAUGAGAAUUAUUGUGUUAGGGGAUUUAAAUGGAGUAAUGGAACCAGAAUUGGAUAGAUCGCAGAAGAAGAGGGGGGGAAAUGAAGGGAAGUUGCCAAAAAGCUUUAUGGAAAUGGUAAAGAUUUUUGAUUUAGUGGAUAUAUGGAGAUAUAAAUAUCCUGUCGAAAAGGAGUUCACAUAUUUCUCAGAACCAAAAACUUUGUAUAGUCGAAUUGACAGUAUAUGGAUUACUAAGGAUAUGACAAUUGAAGCAGAGAAUGCCAAAAUAUUACCAAAAACACUUACAGAUCACAAUCCAGUAUCAUUAACUCUUAAAGGAAAAGAGGAGAAAGGGGGAAAAGGUGGAGAAUGAAUGUUUUCUUAUUAAAAAAUGAAAAAGUAAUACAAGGAGCCAGAAAGUUGAUGAAGGAAUAUUUUGAAAACAAUUGGAGGAAAGGGACAGAUGUUAAAACAGUGUGGGAUGCUGGGAAGGCAGUUGUUAGGGGAUAUUUCAUACAACAAAACUCAAUAGCAUAUAAGAAUAAAGAAAAAAAGAAAAGGGAACUUUUAGAAGAAAUUAAAAGGAAGGAAAAAUUGGCCUAUGCAAGCAAAAAUAAAGAGAGAUUAAAUCAAGAAAUUAAAUUACUGAGAAUAGAAUAUAAUAAUAUUAUAGAACAGGAGGUAGAACAACAAAUCAAAUUUUGGAAAUAUAAAAAUUUUGAAUGGGCAAAUAAACCAGGCAAGAUCCUUGCCUGGCAAUUAAAAAAACAAAGAAAUGAAAAAUUAAUAAAUAAAAUAAAAGUAGAAGAGAGGACAAUAAGGGAUAUGACACAAUUAAAAAAGAAUUUGAAAAAUAUUACAAAAAAUUAUAUCAAAAAGAUGAAGUGCCAAUAGAAGAAAUAGAGGAAUAUAUAAAGAAAAAUAAAUUAAUAGAGAUAGCAGAAGAAGACCAUAAAUUAUUAAAUGAACCAAUAUCAACCGUAGAAAUUAAGGAAUCCAUUCAAAAAUUAAAAAUAGGGAAAUCCCCAGGUCCAGAUGGCAUACCAGCAGAAUACUACAAAGAAAUGUUAAAUGAAUUAAUCGACCCACUAAAAGAAGUAAUAGAGGAAGCAGUAGAAAAGGGGAAUAUUCCAGACUCUUGGACUCAAGCGUAUAUAACGCUCCUGCCAAAACAAGGUACGGAUUUGGAAUCUGUCUCAAAUUAUAGACCCAUUUCAUUAUUAAAUUCGGAUUAUAAAAUUUACGCAGGAUUAUUGUCUAACAGGUUGAAAAAAAUUAUAGGAAAAAUAGUACAUAAAAAUCAGGCUGGAUUUGUGGAAGGUAGACAGAUACAGGAUAAUAUUAGAAAUAUAAUAGACAUAAUGGAAUAUCUACAAAUAAGUAGAGAUAAACAAGCAGCCCUGAUUUCAAUCGAUGCGGAGAAGGCUUUCGAUAAAAUCUCAUGGGAAUUUAUGAAAAAACUAUUAAAAGAAUUGUGUCUAGGUGAAAAAUUCCAAAAAGGUAUAAAUGCAAUAUAUGACCAACAGAAAGCAAAAAUUAUAAUUAAUGGAGAGUUUGGAGAAGAAAUCAACAUCUUUAAAGGUACAAGACAAGGAUGCCCCCUAUCCCCAAUGUUAUUUAUAAUAGUAUUAGAGGUUCUAUUAAAGAAAAUAAGGCAGGACAACCAAAUAAGAGGAAUAGCAGUUGGUGAAAAAGAUACAAGUUAAGAGCCUUUGCAGAUGAUGUUAUGAUCACAACAGAAAAUCCCCUACAAUGUAUACCUAGAAUAUUGGAAUGCAUAAACGAAUAUGGCAGAUUAGCAGGAUUCAAAUUAAACUAUGGGAAAACCAAAAUACUAGUGAAAAAUAUGGAAGAAAAAGAUAAAGUGAAAUUACAAGAAAUUACAGGAUUGGAAAUUAAAAAAGAAAAUAAGAUAUCUUGGAAUAAAUUUAACAACAAACACUAUAGAUUUAAGUAAUGAGAACUAUGGGAAAACAUGGAAUGAAAUAAAAAAUGACUUGCAAGUAUGGGGGAAAUUAAAUCUUUCCUUACUAGGGAAAAUAUCGGUAAUAAAGAUGAACAUAUUACCAAGGAUGAUGUUUUUUAUUUCAAAGUACCCCAAUACUAGGAGGAGAUAAAUGUUUUAAUAACUGGAAAAGAGAUUUGGCUAAAUUCGUAUGGUCAGGGAAAAAGCCAAGAAUAAAACACAAAAUAAUGAUAGCUAAGAAGAAGAGAGGAGGAUUUGGUCUCCCAGACAUGGAGUUAUAUCAUGAUGCGGUGGGUCUGACCUGGCUAAGAGAACGGAUCAAAUUAGAUGACUCGGAUGUAUUGGAUUUAGAAGGAGUAGAGACGAGAUUUGGAUGCAAUGCCUAUCUAAUAGAUGAAAAAGUCAAAGUACAUAAAGGCUUCCUAGGGCAUAUAGUCAGAAAGUCUAUAUAUAAAACAUGGGAGAAACAUAAAAGACUCCUAGAACCAAAAACUCCCUGGUGGGCAUCGCCAGCAGAAAUUGUCGCAGUGAAAAAAUUAAAUAUGAAAGAAAAUUGGGUUACCUAUAAAACUGUAUUAAAGGAAGAAAACGGAGAAUUGGAACUAAAGGAUUAUACAGAAAUUAAAGCUCAUAUUAGUGACUGGUUCCAAUAUAUUCAAAUUAAGUAUAGAUUAGCGAAAGACAAAAAGUUAGGAUUUGAAAAAGAAAUAUCAAAAUUCGAUAAAUAUUUAAUACAAGAAAAAUAAAAAAUAUAUCUAAAUUGUAUAAUCUGAUCUUAGAGUGGGAAACAAAGGAUGAAUUGGUUAAAGCAUCAAUGAUUAAAUGGGCGCAAGAUAUUGGAAAAAAUAUUAUGUUUGAACAAUGGGAAAAAUUGUGGAAAGAAGAUAUGAAAUUCACUGUGUUAUAUACUGAAAGAAAAUUACCUCAAAAUACAACAUAGAUGGUAUUUAACACCUGAAAGAAUAACAAAAAUGAAUAAAAAUUGUAGCGAUGUCUGCCGGCGAUGCAACACUGGAAAAGGUACUAUGAUACAUAUAUGGUGGAAUUGUUUAAACAUCAAACAAUUUUGGGAAAUAAUAUAUAACGAAAUGAAAAAAAUGUUUAGAUAUUCAUUUAGGAAAACACCAGAAGGUUUUCUGUUGGGAAUAGUACCAGGAAGCCUAAAGUAUAUUCAUACGCAACAGUAGCCGCAAGGCUAUUGAUUGCGAAAAACUGGAAAAGUGGUAUUGUACCGACAAAAAUAGAGUGGCUUGCCAAAUUAUUGGAGUACUACAAUAUAUCCAAAACAAUGGGAGAAAUUGGAAGGCUCUCAAAAGAGUAGAUAGCUAGGGACUGGAAGGUGUUUAAAAGAUACUUGCAAAACCAUAUCGAAAAAUCAGAACUCCUAUUAGAAUAAACAAGUUCUGUUUGAAAUACUGAAUAAGAUGGAUAACUAUGUGUAAUAGAAAAAGAAGUAUGAAAUUAGGCUAAAGGUGUGUGAAAGAAAGUAAUAGAAGUGGAAAGAAAUUGCAAUUGAGUAGAUUGGAAGUCUAACACACAGGUGGGGUGAGGGGUAAGGGAUGGUGGUGGGAAAAGGAAUUAUUGGUGGGAUUGAGUGUAAGUAUGUUUGAACACUUUUAAGGAUUGUAUGAAAUGUAUGUUUGUAUGCUUGUAUAUCUGUAAUAUAUGUGUAUUAAUGAUGAACUAUUUUAACAAUAAAAAAAUCAAAUGUACAGAAAAUAAAUCUGAAAACGUUUUACUACCUUCAGAACUCAAUAUAGGCAGCAAUUGUUUGCUGCUGUCCUAAGCCCACUUAAUUUGGAGUAAGUCCUAUUCACAUUAAUGGAUCUUACUUCUGAGUAAGUGUUAUGGGCAGGCAGCAAUCAGCCCUGAGCAAACAGAAUGGCUGCCUGGCUGCCUAGCCAGUGUGUAACCAAGCAUUACACUGCAGUCAAACCCAUUUAAAGUACUGGUUUUGACUUAUAAAGUCUUAAAAGGGUCAGGACGUCAAUAUCUCAAGGACUGCCUCUCCCCAUAUGAACCUACCUGGACCCUGCAAUCUGCGGCUUUUCUUCGUGUGCCUUCUCCACAAUGGGUGGGAACAUACAUAUACAUUACAGCAUAUAUAAAAACAUACUGAAACAUCAAACAUUAAAAACUUCCUAAUACAGGGCUGCCUUCAGAUGUCUUCUAAAAGUUAAUGUACAGUGGUGCCUCGCAAGACGAAAUUAAUCCGUUCCGCGAGUGUCUUCGUCUAGCGGUUUUUUCGUCUUGCGAAGCAACCCUAUUAGCGGUUUAGCGGAUUAGCGCUAUUAGUGGUUUAGCGGCUAUUAAAGGCUUAGCGGCUUAGCUGCUAAAAGGCUAUUAGCGGCUUAGAAAAAGGGGGGGGAGAAGCGAAAAAAAAAUCUCAAGACUCGCAAGACAUUUUCGUCUUGCGAAGCAAGCCCAUAGGGAAAUUCGUCCUGCGAAGCAACUCAAAAACGGAAAACCCUUUCGUCUAGCAGGUUUUCCGUCUUGCGAGGCAUUCGUCUUGCGGGGCACCACUGUAGUUAUUUAUUUGACAUUUGAAGAGAGGGUGUUCCACAGGGAGGGUGUCACUAUCGAGAAGGCCCUCUGCCUGGUUCCCUGUUCCCUGUUACUUUGCUUCUUGCAGUGAGGGAACCAGCAGAAGACCCUUGGAGGAGGACCUCAGUGUCCAGGCUGAACAAUGGGGAUGGAGGCACUCCUUCAGGUAUACUGGGCCAAGGCUGUUUACUGUAAAUGAGUUUAGUAUCUCAUUUACACUUCUGCAAAUUUUUGUUCAAUUUUAUGAACAAGUUUUCUAUCUGCAGUCAUGCUUGUAAUGGAUGUGACAUGAUUUGCACUUAGGUGUUUUGUUGAUGCUUUAUUAAAAAUCUCAGGUAAGUACAGGUAAGUGUAAUUUUUUUCAUACAGCAGGAUUGAUAAAAUUUUCAAUGUGAACUGUUUGCAAAGGAAAUGAUUUCUAAUAAUUUAAAAAAUGCUUGUUUUUUCUAUAACGGAUGUGGCACUGUUACGUAACGGAUAUGACAAGCAAUAUACCAGUUUUCACCUUUUAUUAUUACUCAAGCAAUCAAUAUUCAUUGUAAAACAAGAGAUAAGUUAUCAUUAAACAAAAACUGAGUAAAAGUUGCAUUAAACACUGACAAAAAUAUGAACCAUAAAAUAUUGUCUGAUGUAAGCUAACGAGUGAGGAAUUUUUUUAUUAUUUCAAAAUCAUUUAUCUUAAACAUAUAAUUACAUUUAUUUUAAACUUAGUGUGAAUGGAAGCAGUUCUUCUGGUGGCCUUGGAUCAUCAUUUGAUGAACUACCAUCUUCAGAAGGGUCACUGUACAUAUGUUCAUUAGUCCUAGAUGUCUCGUUAAGUGUGAUGCUAACUUGUGGCACUUCAGCAUUUGCUGUUUUGCUAACCAGUAUAUGAUUUUCAUCGUAGGGUUGAAAGUGGUGGGAUGUUUGGAUGCCAGUCACGUUGGUGACAUUAUUCCACCUCUCAUCAAUAAAUGGUGUGUCUGACUUCACUUUCUUUUGAGUAACAAACAAGAUGUGCUUCUGUCAACUUUAAAUUGUAGAAGUAUUAUUAAGGGGGAAACGAACAUUGGGGGGGGGAAACAAAGUUACAAGUCCUCAUGCCUGCAGAGAAAAGCUAUAUUUCACCAAUGUUUUUAAUUUUUUUCUAUUAAAAAUUAUCUUUUAACUUCUUGCAUUGCACAGGUGUUGAACCUCUGAGAAAGCAGCCACCGAAAUUCUGGGUCAGGCCUCGUUUUGAACCCAUACACUUUGUAGCUAGCAACACUCAAGAUGGAGGAAUGGAGCCACCUUCAGAGAACCAAGUGCAGGUGGCCAGUGAGAACAUCACAACCCAGCAAAUACAAAACUAUGCCGAUCAGGUUUUCAGCAGCUUCAACAUGCUGGAUGGGGGCACUCAUUGUUCCAGUUCAAUGAGUUUAGGUUAUGGAAGUAGCCAGGCUAGCCAGACACAAGCCAAAGUAGUUUCUAAAAGCAAAGACUCUUCUGGUAGUGGUGUUGCAGCGGUUUCGGUGGGGGCUUCUCUUCUCCAGGCCACCUCUGAAAUGUUUCCCAAGUCAGUUCUAACAGCCAAGCAGUGUUUCAUUAACAAACUUGUAAUGGCAGUCCACAAGAGUCUUGCUAGCUUUGAUGUUAGCAGUGGGACAGACAAAAUUAACUACACUUACCUCUUGACACGGUCCAUACAGGCUUGCAAGACAAACCCUGAGUAUACUUAUUCUCCCUUGAAAGAUCUUUCCCCUGGGGAUUUUCCCAAAAACAAGAAGCUCCUAAAAGAUGGCUUUGCUUGUGAGGUGAGGUGCCAGAAUGUGUAUCUGACCACAGGGUAUGCUGGCAGCAAAAACGGAUCCAGGGACCGAGCAACGGAACUAGCAGUGAUGCUGCUGCAAAAGCCCGUGGAGGUUAAAGUUGCCCAGCGGAAGUUCAAGAACACCACCCAGGAGGAUUUAGUGCUGUGUGAGAGUGGCACAUCUCCCCUUGAAUUCCCGCCAGCUCUCAAGCAGCUAGAUGACUUUAUUGCUGCCAUGAAAGAAUGCACACCUGGGCAGCCAACCACCAACACACAGCAGGGUCCCAGUUCAGCCAAACAUUGGACUAACUUUGUUCUCACAGAAAACGCCAGUGAUGCCAUUGGGAUUCUGAACAAUUCAGCUUCUUUUAACAAAAUGACCAUUGAAUACAAAUAUGUCCUGAUGCCAAACCGCUUGUGGCACUGCAGUGUCUAUCUACAGGACCACUUUUUAGCUGAAGGGUAUGGCACAAAGAAAACCAGCAAGCAUGCUGCGGCGGACGAGGCACUGAAAAUUCUCCAGAAGACCCAGUCCAAUGCUGGGGUCACCAAAGCAGUCCAUGUUCAGAAAGUUGGUGAGGCUGCCCGAGAUUCUGCCAAGAAGAAGGAUCUGAAGGACCUUGUUGUAUAUGAGAACUCCAUGAACCCUGUGUGCACGCUGAAUGACACAGCUCAGUUCAACAAGAUGACUGUGGAGUAUGUCUUUGAAAGGAUGACAGGGAUGCGGUGGAAGUGCAAGGUAUUGCUGGAAAAUGAAUUAAUAGCUGAAUCAAUUGGCGUCAAGAAGACUGUCAAGCAUGUUGCAGCUGAAGAGGCUGUCAAAAUCCUGAAGAAAACCCAGCCAACAGUUGUCAACAACCUGAAAAAAGGCACUAUUGAAGAUGUAAUAUCAAGGAAUGAGAUCUGUGGGCGAUCAGCAGAAGAAGCGUUGAAGCAGCAGAUCAAGGAAGAUAACAUUGGGAAUCAGAUUUUAAGGAAAAUGGGCUGGACGGGUGGCGGCUUGGGCAAAAGUGGAGAAGGGAUCCGGGAGCCGAUUGCUGUGAAGGAACAGUUCAAAAGGGAAGGGCUUGGGCUGGACAUUGAAAGGGAGUUGAAAAUCACAAAGAAAGAUAUUGAACAGAUCAUCCAAAAUUAUGCCUUCUCAGACAGUAAAAUUGAUCUGACUUUCUCGACAGAAUUGACCAAUGAUGAACGCAAACAGAUACAUCAGAUAGCCCAAAAAUAUGGUCUUAAGAGUAAAUCCCAUGGCCAGGGUCGUGAUAGAUACCUGGUGGUUAGCCGAAAGAGGCGCAAAGAAGAAUUGCUAGACCAGCUAAAGCAAGAUGGCCAAGUCGGACAUUAUGAACUCAUUAUGCCACAGGAGAAAUAA